CCCAUGUGAAGAAAGAAGCCCAUGGCCUGCAAUGGUGGGUUUGGAGAGCCCAUCACCGUGCCGCCGUCGUCCUAAAACCCUAACAUUCUCCGGCCUUGCGCCGCCGCGUCAGCCGUCGUUCCGUCUCGAUCCCACCUCACCGCCGGAAUCCCGCGCCGGGCGUCCGACGGAUUGCAAGGCCAUGGCGUGCCGCGGCGCCGCCUCCCGCUCCUUCCUCGCCGCCGUGCGCGGCCGCGCCUCCUCCUCCUCCUCCGCCUCCGCCUCCGCCUCGCGCAUCCGCGCGGCUCCGCUCCCCUCCGCCCCACGCCGCCGCGUCCCGGCCUUCUCGCCGUUCGCUGCUGCGAGGCCGAUGGCGGCGAUGAUGGGGUCGCCGGCGGCGGUGGCGGCGAGGCUGACCGGGCACCCGUCGGCGAACGUGCGGGCGUGCUGUGAGCUCUCCCAGGGUACCCACUUUUGCCGCACUUGUCAGGAUCGCUAGCAAGUUAGUGAUCAUGAAUCGUGAUACAAUCAACCACCAUCUUAUGGCAUAUAUUUGUUAGAAUCAAAUAUUGCAUCUUCCAUUCUAGAUACGUACUUUAUGUGUUCGCACAAUUGAUAACACCCCCGUGAUGAUUUGUUAAUUAUGCGUUGGUGGAAUGGCCAGCUAAUCUUGGUUCUCAAGCUUUUCUUUGGGUGGGUGGUUGUGGGGUGCUUUUGAUGAGCUUCUGCCAUAUAUGCAAAGCUGCUUGGAAUCUUGAUUUCGAUGUAAAAUUAUUUGCUGGACUGUAGACCGUCUUAUUAAUAAUAUAUCAGCACUGGAAUUACUGAGAGUGGCUAAGGUUUUCUCUGUUUGAAUU